AUGAAACUCGUCUAUUCUCUGCUUGUUAUUUUUCCUGCAAUCUUUCUGGUGAUUUUGGGAUGGAAAAUCUUGAACUGGGUUUGGUUUAAGCCCAAGAAGCUAGAGAAAUGUCUCAAGAAACAGGGCUUGCGAGGAACUGGUUACAAGUUUUUGUUUGGUGACGUGAAGGAAAUGCUCAGGAUGGAUGCAGAAGCAAAGGGAAAACCCAUGAAUUUUUCCAAUGAUAUUGUCCCCAGAGUCAUGCCCUUCAUCCAUAAAAUCAUCAACCAAUAUGGUGAAAAUUGCUACAUAUGGACAGGACCAAGACCAACUUUGCUACUUACGGAGCCAGAUCUUGUAAAGGAGGUCCUGAACAGAAGUUUCCAUUUUCAGAAGCCUCCUGGGAAUCCAUUAACUAACCUCCUAGCUGAAGGACUUGCGAAUUACGAAACCGACAAAUGGGAAAAACAUAGGAAGCUAAUUAAUCCAGCUUUUCAACUAGAGAGAAUCAAGCUGAUGGGUCCUGCAUUUUAUGCAAGCUGUUUCGAUAUGUUGAGUAAAUGGGAAAAAAUGGUUCCAGCGGAGGGCUCUUUUGAAUUGGAUGUAUGGCCUGAACUCCAUACUUUAACGGGUGAUGCGAUUUCAAGAACCGCAUUUGGUAGCAAUUUUGAACAAGGAAGAAGAAUUUUCGAACUCCAAAAAGAACAGGCUGAACUUGUAAUGCAAGUUUUCAGAUCAGUCUACAUUCCAGGAUGGAGAUUUGUACCAACUAAAAGGAACAAAAGGAUGAAGGAAAUUGCAAAGCAGGUUGAGUCAAUGAUGAUGGAUAUUAUAAACAAUAGAAUGCAAUUGAUCAAAGCAGGGAAUUCCCAGAAUUCAGACCUACUAGACGUAUUGUUGCAAUCUAACUCCAAAGAGAUUGAACAGAAUGGAGACAAGAAAUUUGGGAUGAGUUUGAAAGAAGUCGUUGAGGAAUGCAAAUUAUUCUAUUUUGCAGGACAGGAGACAACUUCUGUUUUGCUUGUCUGGACAUUGAUACUACUGAGUAAGCAUUCGGAUUGGCAGGAUCGCGCUAGAGAUGAAAUUAGACGGGUAAUUGGAGACAAGAAGCCGGAAAUCGAUGACUUGAAUCAUCUUAAAGUGAUUACUAUGAUAAUUCACGAGGUUUUAAGGCUAUAUCCAGCAGGAACCAUGCUUUUCCGAUUGACGAAGGAAGAAACUAAACUGGGAAAACUUACAUUACCAGCUGGAGUGCAAAUCUUUUUGCUUGCAAUUCUUAUGCAUCAUGAUCCCAAAAUUUGGGGUGAUGAUGUAGAAGAGUUCAAUCCGAAGAGAUUUAGUGAAGGGAUUUUGAAGGCCACAAAAGGGCAGCUGACAUAUUUCCCAUUCGGUUGGGGACCUCGUAUCUGCAUUGGUCAAAAUUUCGCGUUGUCGGAAGCUAAAAUGGCGCUCGUCAUGAUGCUAAAGAACUUCGCUUUUGAGCUUUCUCCAUCAUAUGCUCAUGCUCCAUUCCCAGUAAUCACUAUUCAACCCCAGUUUGGAGCUCAGUUAAUGUUGCGAAAACUGUAG